CCGGGAGGCGGGGCCGGGGCGUCCCUCGCAGCCAAUGGAAGGGCCACCCUCGAGCAGUUACAAAGGGGCCGAACGAGGCCGCGGCGCGAGGCUCGGCUCGGUGGUUCCUCGGGGCGGGGGCACCGAGACGCGGCCCCGGCCCCUUGAACGGACCGGACGGGGACGCGGGACCAUGGAGGCGCCCGCGGCCGUCACAGGGAAGAUAACCGUCCCUCCUCGCUACCAGAUGUUUCUCCUUCUGGCAGCCACGGGGCUGGUCCCAGGGGCCGCGGGUUUGCAGUGUUUCUGCCACCUCUGUAUUAAAGAAAAUUACACAUGUGUGACAGAUGGACUUUGCUUUGUUGCUGCAACACAAAGUGCAGAUAAAGUUAUAUAUAAUAGCAUGUGUAUACCAGAAGCUGAUUUAGUUCCUCGAGAUAGGCCAUUUAUAUGUGCCCCCUCUUUAAAAGAUGGAUUUUUGAUGUCACCUUUCUGUUGUGCCAAAGACCACUGCAAUAAAAUAGAAUUCCCAACAGGUACCCCAGUGAAACCAUCUCCUAAUCUUGGUCCUGUGGAAUUGGCAGCUGUUAUUGCCGGACCUGUCUGCCUUGUCUGUAUUUCAUUGAUGUUGAUGAUCUAUAUUUGCCACAAUCGUACUGUUAUACAUCAUCGUGUUCCAAAUGAAGAAGAUCCCUCUUUGGAUCGCCCUUUUAUUUCAGAGGGUACAACGUUAAAGGACCUAAUUUAUGACAUGACAACAUCUGGAUCUGGGUCAGGAUUACCAUUACUUGUUCAAAGAACUAUUGCAAGAACUAUCGUAUUGCAAGAAAGCAUAGGGAAAGGUCGAUUUGGAGAAGUCUGGAGAGGAAAAUGGAGAGGAGAAGAAGUUGCAGUCAAAAUAUUUUCCUCAAGAGAAGAACGUUCUUGGUUCCGUGAGGCAGAGAUUUAUCAAACUGUAAUGUUACGUCAUGAAAACAUUCUGGGAUUUAUAGCAGCUGACAAUAAAGACAAUGGUACGUGGACUCAGUUGUGGUUGGUUUCAGAUUAUCAUGAGCAUGGGUCCCUUUUUGAUUACUUAAACAGAUACACGGUUACUGUGGAAGGAAUGAUCAAACUAGCUUUAUCUACUGCUAGUGGACUUGCACAUCUUCACAUGGAGAUUGUGGGCACUCAAGGCAAACCAGCAAUUGCUCAUAGAGACCUGAAAUCAAAGAAUAUUUUAGUAAAGAAGAAUGGAACAUGCUGUAUUGCAGACUUAGGACUUGCAGUAAGACAUGAUUCAGCCACAGACACAAUUGAUAUAGCUCCAAACCACAGAGUGGGAACAAAAAGGUACAUGGCCCCUGAAGUUCUCGAUGAUUCCAUAAACAUGAAACACUUUGAAUCAUUCAAACGUGCUGACAUCUAUGCAAUGGGAUUAGUUUUUUGGGAAAUAGCUCGGAGAUGUUCGAUUGGUGGAAUUCAUGAAGACUACCAGCUGCCUUAUUAUGAUCUUGUACCUUCUGAUCCAUCAGUAGAAGAAAUGCGGAAAGUAGUUUGUGAACAGAAGUUACGGCCAAAUAUUCCAAAUCGAUGGCAGAGUUGUGAAGCUUUGAGAGUGAUGGCCAAAAUUAUGCGAGAAUGUUGGUAUGCCAAUGGAGCAGCUAGGCUUACAGCUUUACGUAUUAAGAAGACAUUAUCACAGCUCAGUCAACAAGAGGGCAUAAAAAUGUAGUUCCACACUUGAGCUGAGUAACACUUUAUAUCCAUAUCAACUCCUGGGUUUUCAUUUGGAAGGUCAGUUGUUCUACCUCACCGAGAGGGAACAAAAGGAUAUCGCCUCCUUUGAAACAUGGAAGUAACAGUGGAUUACUGACCACCAGGAUACAAUAGCCCUGAGAAACAACUGUGUGGCUUCUUUCUGUGCACUAUGAACACCUCUUUUCCUGGGACAGUUAAAAAAGUUGUGUAGUCGCUUUAUUUUUAUUAACAUGAAAGUUGUUUUUUAAAAGUUGAUUGCCAGUCUUUAGUUAACUCUGCUAAAGAUUUAUCUUUUAAAAAAGGGGAGCUGAAUUGUACAGUAGAUUAUCAUUAAUGUAAGUGACUUAAUUUUUGUUAGUACAAUCUCAAAGUAUUCUGAACCACUAAAAUUAUCCUUGAUUCAGACUUUGAAUGUACUGCAGUUUAAUUUUCAGGAUCUUAAAACUAAACUACACUUACAAAAUUCUUACCUUGAAUUUUAAAAUAACUGUAUCCAAUUGAGAACUUAAUUUAUGCAGUUAUAUUUUGUAUACUAUUAUUAUUUCACUUACUCAGAAUCUCAAGCCUUCAAAAUGAAAUUGUACUCAUAUACCAGUAAGUGCCACUUCUAUGUCUUUCUUAUUCAGAUUAGUAAAAUUGUAGAAAAUCUGCUUGUGUAAUCAGAUCUAGAGAAGCUAAAUUCAAAAGAUUAAUUUAGCUGAUUGAACAUACUAUAUUUUUGGCAUGUAAUUAUACCAUUCUUUAAAAAAAAAAUUCUUACCCAAAUAUGCUUUUAAACCACUAUAGAAAUUAGAUAGUAUUAAAGUUAGUUAAUUUAGUUAUGGUCACAUUUUAAUAAUACAUUAUUGAGUUUUAAUUGUGAUAAUUUUUUUUAAAUCAAGUGGCACUCUUUAGAUGCUUAUAGUACUUUAAUAAUUUAAAAUUAGCAUAAAACCUAAUUUUUUAAAAAGGGAAAGUUUGCUAUGUUUAGCUGCUUGUUAAAAAAGUUGUGUAGUUCUGUAAGCCUAUUUUUAUUUAUCUGAUCAAAGGCAGUGUUACUUUUUUUAAACGAUGUAAUUACCACACUGUUAAAACUUUAAUAGAUUUUUUUCCUUAAAAAAGUGAAAGCAGUUUAUAAAAGGUUGAAAUAUAAUGGGUGUACAAGAUACAAGUGCAGCGGUUAAGUAAAAGUAAACUUGUCCUGUAGCCUCUGUUGAUAUUUUUGUAACUAAGUUGAAAUUAGAGUACUUUUUUGAGGUAUCACUAGAAUGUGAAAGGAGAUAAAGCUUUUAAACAACUUUUUCUUUUUGUAACAUGAGUAGAAUAUUACAACUUAAUAGGUAUUUCAAUUUCAAUUCACCAUUAGGUAUUUGAGACAUGAAAAUCUAAAAGAAAGUAUUUGGGAAUUUCAAUUUUAAUAAUGGUUUUUAAAUCAAAUAAAUACAUAAAGUAAAUUUGCCAUAGACUUCAGGUUAACAAGUUGAAUUUAUCAUUUCUUCCAAUGUUAUAAAGUCUUUCCAGAGUUUUCCCAGUUUUCAAAGUUUUUAUUUAAUCACUGUGAUCCAUCCAGUUCUCAAAAACAUCCCUCAAGAUAACUCUGAGUUGGGUCUUUGAAUUUAUAAGGUUAUACAUCUUAAAUAAUUAGAAUAACUUUAUAGUAUUUUUAUUUUUUAAAUGAUAGCCAUGCAACUGGAUCAAAGUUGCAUUAUAAUAUCUGUCUCUUUAAAAUCUGAAAGAACAAAUUUGAGAGACAAUUAGUCCAGAACCAAAAAAAAUUUGAAUGAAGUGACAUUUUAGGAAUUUAGCAUUUAUUUCACCAUUUAAAAACAUCAUGAUUAGUGGCUACACAGUAUAGUAUUCUAAUUUGCCUAAAUUUGAGCCUUUUUUCCUGUAGUUAUAAAAAAGUUGUUUUAGGAGGUUCAUUUUUAUAUUUAUUAUUAAAAAGGAAGUAGGUACCUCUAGCUCUGUGAACACUUUAAAAAAUUAAAUAUUUGUCAACUAAUUUGAUUUUCUUUUAUUAAAUUCAGGGGACCAAUGCCAUUUAUCACUAAAAAAGAAUAUAUAAUUUCAAGAAUAUGCCAAAUUCCUUGUCUAAUUAAAAAAUGCAAUGCAUGAUUUCACACAUUUGCAAAAGAUAAAUUUCAGCAAAGUACAUAUUUAGUUUUAUUAGUAGGAAAGUUGAAUUAGCAUAUGGUUCCUGGCUACUUAGGCUUAGAUACUUCUUAAAUCAGGGAAUUAAAUUACUACAUUUCUUGAUUAGGUUCUAAUAUAAAUUUAUUUAUGACUACAACUCUAUUGUUUGGGCCAGUGAUAGCAUAAAUAACCCCAAUGCUUCUAAUAUUGGAAAAGGUGACAUAAAACAUCUGUGAGGCAAUAAUAGCCUGAUAGUGUUAGUUUGGUAAUAUUGAAACAGUUGCCUUCUUGCAUGCUGUUUAUAUUUCAUAUAUUUAACCCUAAAAAUAGUCAACAUGAUUAAAAAUGUCAUCUGUCCAAAAGCUCUAUUCCUACCCCAGAAAAGCGGCUACAAAAUAGAGUCCAUGUUUUAUUCACAAGUAGCACCAGAUUUACAGCAUUACUCUUUUCUAGCUCUUUAAAUUUAGAGCCUACAACUUUUUCCUAAUGAAUUUCUUUGGAUUUCCCAAGUCUUAGGGGGUUGCUGUUUAACAGCAUCUCUUAAUUUUCUGAGAGUGAGGCACGUUAAUGGCAACCAAUUUUUCAGAUUAAUCAGGCAUUAUUAAAAUUUGCUAACAGAUCAUAACCUUCUGGGUAGAGUCUCCACCCUGAAACUCCUCAUAUAGCCUUGUAAAAGAUUUGAGUAGAUGACAGAGGUGACAAUUGUGACAAUACUGAUUAAUAUGGAAAUCAUGAAAAACACGGGGAGCCCCUCUAGAUCCAGUAGUAGCAUGGGAGCUGUACCUUUGCCUCCACAAAGUACAUAGUAUAAUCAAAAAGUGCCUGUACUCGGAAAAGAUUGACAGUGCUCUAAUACAUACCAAAUUUAUCUUCUCUUAACUAAAUUUAGAAAAGUUUGUCAUUUUGCAUCAUGUAAAUGUUUUCUAGUUCCCAUUAAAUAAAGAUGACAUGUGGAUUAACAGAUGAGAAAAGUAUUAGUAAAAAGAUAAAACAAAAUCUGCAUUACCUUUUGCUGUUUCACCAAUAUAUCAUUCAUGUUUUGUAAUGACUCAGUGACUGAAAGUAAAAUGUUAAAGGUAUCUCCUUCAUUUGGAAAAUGGGAAGGGAGGCCCUUGUUCUAAAAUAGCAGAUUUUUAGUCUAGUUGAAAAGGACUAUUGAAAUGGUUUCAGUUCUUUCAGAGUGGUACUAUAUUAGACGGCUACUGGUGCUUUGAGGGACUGUUUUGAAAUUUUGGAAUAUUUCUGUAUGCUGGCAUGCUGGAUUUCUUGAUGAGAGUACAACAUUGGCACUUUUCACUCCAAUAUUAAAUUUCUUUUGUGUUAUACCUUUGAAAAUGUGGCUAAUAACAUUUGACUCUUUGUGGAACAUAAACAUUCAUUAAUUUUUCUAAACAAAAUUUGUAAUAUAAGUCAUGAACAUUUUUUGGUAUCCUUUUUCACAUUGUGCCAUUGAAAAUUAUUAUAGAGGUAUUUGGUGUUAAUAUACAUGUAAAGAAAAUGUUUCAAUAUUUCAUUUGCUUUAAACCUAAAUUACCUCUUGAAAGACCAAGGUACAUUUACCUCAUUGUGUAUAUAAUGUUUUACUAUCUGUCAGAACAUUCUCCUGAUUUGCAGUUGUUUCUAUAAACUAUGGGUAUUAUAUUGCUAAAUUUACAACUCCAAUGGUACUGUUGUUUAUAAUUGUGCCCCAUAUGAUAACAUCUAUUCUUUCUAUUUUCUGUAUUUUAUUGCAUUUUUGCAGAUUGUUGUGUCUUUCAAUAUAGCAUAUGCCCUCCUAAAGAUGUACAAAUUAUGUCCUGUAUAAAAUCUACAUUUUAGGUGAUUAAAUUUGCAAAGCUCCUACAAAAUGACAAAACCCCCACAAACUACAUUUAUAUACAUUUUGGAAAUUAUAUAUUGUAUUUGUAGUACAUACUCAAAAAUGAAUUGUAAGUAGGAUGUAGAAGAAUAAUGCUUAUGUUAGCAUUUAACACCACAAUAGAAAGAUUAAAGCAAUGCAAAUAAACUAUUUCCCCAAGCACUAUUAUUAUAA